AUGGCAUUGUGCCGGCUCCAGGAUCCUUUCACCACUUGCUUCCCAGUGCAGUGCAGUAUUUGCUGUUUUGGUUUGGUUUUCCCUCUCACUGCCCCAUCUCUGUCCCCAGCGCGUCCCUCCCUCGGCCUUGGCUGCCGGGGCUUGGCGCGGGCCGGCCGAGAGCCGUGUCCAGGCAGGGGUCCAGGGCUGCUGUCAGCGGGGAGCUGCUGGGGUGGGACAGUCUGGGGGGAGCAGGAGCUGGAGCUGGUGCCUCCUUCCUUCCUUCCCGGCCUGGAGAGGCGCGUGGAGCCGGGAUGUCUUGGCUGCACACCCUCCUCCUCGCCCUGCACGCCCUCCUCGCUGCCGUCGGGGCGUGAGCGGCAGUGCUCAGCAUCCCAGCAGUGCUGGAAACUUGGCGGGCACAGUCCUGGCUGCUCCACCAGCGGCAGGGCAGGAUGGGACCAGGAUGGGCUGCAGCCUGACCUCCUGCCCAGCACCAUUGUCCUGUGGCGCCUUCCCCUUCCUACAGCCACGCCGGCAGUGGGACGGUGCUGGCAGCUCGUCCUUCACUCGGGACGUCCCUGACCCGGACAGGGUGGGACCCCCCAAGACCCUCCAAGCCUUGGUGUGUGAGGGUCACGUCAUCCUGUCAGAUCAACCCUGGGGCACGGGGCUGUGGUGUGGGGGUGCAGGACCCUCCCCAGGCCUGACUGUGCCCCCACUCCCCCCAGUGAAGUUCAUGCGGGAGGUGACCCCCUACAUCAAGAAGCCGUCGCUGGUGUCAGACCUGCCGUGGGAGGGGGCGGCCCCGCAGUCCCCCAGCCUGAGUGGCAGCGAGGACUCGGGGUCCCCCCAGCACCAGGGGCCCCGUGACCGCAAGGUGAUCCCCCUCAAGAUGUGCUUUGCCGCCCGGAACCUCAGCAUGCCCGACCUGGAGAACAGGCUGAUCGAGCUGCACUCGCCGGACAGCCGGAACACGCUGGUGCUGCGGUGCCGGGACACGGCCACGGCCCACGCCUGGUUCAGUGCCCUGCACGCCAACAUCACCGCGCUGCUGCCCCAGGUGCUGGCCGAGCUCAAUGCCACGCUGGGCUCUGGCAGCCCCACGGCUGGAGGCCGGGAGGUGAAGCACAUCGCCUGGCUGGCUGAGCAGGCGCGCCUGGACGGGGGGCGGCAGCAGUGGCGGCCGGUGCUCAUGGCAGUGACGGAGAAGGACCUGCUGCUGUACGAUGGGAUGCCCUGGACCAGGGAUGCCUGGGCCUCGCCCUGCCACAGUUACCCGCUGGUGGCCACCAGGCUGGUCCACUCGGGCUCCGGGCGCCGCUCGCCCGCGCUGGGCUCGGAUCUGACGUUCGCCACGCGGACGGGCUCUCGCCAGGGCGUGGAGAUGCACGUGUUCCGCGUGGAGACCCACCGGGACCUGUCGGCGUGGACGCGCGUCCUGGUGCAGGGCUGCCACGCCGCCGCCGAGCUGAUCAAGGAGGUGACUGUGGGCUGUACUCUGGCUGGGCAGGAGGUCCAGCUCUCCAUCCACUACGAGGGCGGGUUCACCAUCUCCCGGGACGUGCCGGGCUCCAGCGUCCUCUUCCGCUACCCCUACGAGCGGCUGAAGAUGUCUGCGGACGACGGCAUCAGGACCCUCUACCUGGAUUUCGGGGGCCCUGAGGGGGAGCUGGCGCUGGACCUGCACUCCUGCCCCAAGCCCAUCGUCUUCAUCCUGCACACCUUCCUCUCGGCCAAAGUCACCCGCAUGGGGCUGCUGGCAUAGGUGCCCCAGCCCCCUCACCCUGUCACGAACCAGCUGGGGGUCACAGAGGGCCCCCCAACCUCUCCUGCCUCAUCGGUGCCUUGCUGGGGCUGGGAUUGCUGCCCUGAGACCUGCUGGGAAUGUGGCAGGAUGGCUGUGGGGGAAGAGCCCCUCCUGCCCCACACCAGCACUCCUGGCCCCCCAAUGCCCCGGGGGUGUCGGGAUACCCACACCAGCUUUAAUCCCCCGGGGCUGAAGCCAUCACUGAUCUCACCGCCUGUGCCUUGGAGCGGGGCCAGCUCGGCCCCCCCUGCCUGGGGGCUUUCCCCAAAGAGGUGACAUUGUCCCCACAUGGGACAGGGCUGGGGACGUGAGACCCCCCCAUUGCUGCAUGACAGGGUCUCCACGCCCUGCUCAGGGUGGGGGGACACAUUUAUCUUACAGGGGGCACUCAGGGGUGCAAAGGGGAUGCUCUGGCCCAGGGUCCUGCUCCCUGGGGCUUGGCCUCCUCCCCAUGCCCCAGUGUCCCCCAGCAGUGACCCCCAAAUGUCCCAAAGGCUGAACAAACGCCGUGUCUGCCCGGGGCUGGGGCUGCAGGGGACCCUCCCGGGGCUGUCCCUCCCCAGCCGCUGCUGCCUGUGCCCCUCCACGGGGGCUCCCCGGGGCAGGACACGUAGAUUGAUGCACUUUUCGCUUUUUGUACUUUCCCUCCCCUUGGGGGCAGCUCCCACACCCUGGGGGCUGGGGGGCCCAGGUGGGGCCAGAGUGUGACCCCCAGGGCUCCCCCCACUCCUGCCGGGACCCCAAUACCCCCCAGCCAAACUCCUGCACGGUUCUCUGCCUCUGGGGGGGCCGUGCUGGCUGGGGGUGCCGUGGGGUGCUGCCCCCCGUCCUUCUAUUUUUGUAUUCUUUGUAAAUCGCUAUUUAUAUCAGAUUGCCUUUUC